ACCACAGCAAUCAGUUUGCUUGGCGACUUAACCUCUUCAACCUAGCUAGCUCGGCGCACAACCAACCACACGAACACGACACACAGCCACUAGCAGACAUAGACUAGCAAGCUAGGAGUAGCUAGCAUACUGCAUCAAUGGAACAAGCUAGCAGUGCGCAGGAGGAGCCUAGCCUUGAGCUCACCCUGGCAAUGGCGGUGACAGCUGCGCCCGGCGGCUUCUUCCUCUGCGUCUACUGCGACCGCAAGUUCCGCAGUUCGCAGGCGCUUGGCGGCCACCAGAACGCGCACAAGACCGAGCGCAGCGUCGCCAAGCGCCGGCUGGAGAUGGCCGCCGCCAAGCGCCGGCGGGAUAUCGCCGCCACCAAGCGCGCGCAGCACGUGAGUUAUUCCCUGUCUUUGGCUUGGAAGGCGAGGGAGAAGGCUGCUCCUCCUGGGAUGCUUGGGCCUACAGGAGGCAAGCGCGCCAGAAGCUCGUUGGAGCGCGCCGACGAGCUGGACUUGUCUCUCCGGCUAUGAUCCAUCCGCUGCAAGUUUGUCCAACAGCUUGGCGCCCCACCCUUGUUAUCACAUGUCACCCGCUAGGUAGGUGUGCGUUUUGGUACAUCAGAGUCUAGCUACUUAAUCUGGUGAACUGUUUGUUCCAUGCUCUUGUGCGUGCAGUGGAUUCAUCUGGUCUUCUAGUUGAAUUCCUCUAGUCGGUCUAUUUCCAUGCUGGCCAGAAACACAGCCUGCUAAUUUACAUUUACACUUACGUAGUUUUCUG